AUGGGCAUGGGCGACCUUGGCCCCGCCCCCGGCGACUACGGCGGCGGCAUGAUGGGCGGCAUGGGCGGCAGGAUGCCCGACCCCUACGGCGCGCCCCGGGACCCCUACGGCGGCGGCGGCCCCAUGGGCUACGGCGGCCCCCCGCAGCGCGGCGGCGGCAUGAUGGGCGGAGCGCCGCCCCCCUACGGCGGGCCCCCCGACCCCUACGGGCAGGGCGGCAUGCCCCCGUCCUACGGCGGCCCUGGCGGCAUGCCUCCGUCCUACGGCGGCCCCGGCGGCAUGCCGCCCUACGGCGGCGGCGGCGGCGGCGGCGGCUUCCAGGGCGGUUUCUGA